AGCCAGCGUGAAAUAAGAAAACAGCCUCUCCAAUCUGCAUAGUGCAUACAGCUGAAUCGAAACUUCAAAACAAAAAAUCAAACAAGAAAAGACCAGAAAAAUGCAGAAACCCCGUAAAAGAAAGCAGGCCGAGCUGCAUCCCCGGCCACAGUCUCGAACCAAACCAGCCAGAGCCACCAUUUGCCUCAACAAACCCACCAGCGACCCGUAUCCAACCCACCCUCGGCCCACCCCAGAGGAAUGUCGAGCCGUGCUGGACGACCUCUUGGUUCUCCAUGGCUUCCCCCAAGAGUUCGCCAAGUACCGCAGACAAAGACCAACCUCUUCUGAUGAUGAAACUCACGGUUUUCCGAAACCAGAGCCAUUGGAUGGGGAUGCCCAGGAGAGCGUUUUGGACGGUUUGGUUAAAACUGUGCUCUCGCAGAACACUACGGAAGUCAAUUCUCUGAGGGCUUUUGAUUCUCUCAAGUCUGCCUUUCCCACUUGGGAAGAUGUCCUUUCGGCUGAAUCCAAAUGUAUAGAGAAUGCUAUAAGAUGUGGAGGUUUAGCCCCGACUAAGGCUUCUUGCAUUAAGAAUAUAUUGAGUUGUUUGCUUGAGAAAAAAGGAAAAUUAUGCUUGGAGUACUUGCGAGAUUUGUCAGUUGGUGAAAUUAAGGCUGAGCUCUCGCAAUUCAAAGGAAUUGGCCCCAAAACGGUGGCUUGCGUGUUGAUGUUCCAUCUUCAGCAAGAUGAUUUUCCAGUGGACACACAUGUAUUUGAGAUUGCAAAGGCCAUUGGUUGGGUACCAGCUCUGGCUGACAGGAACAAGACAUAUCUUCAUCUCAAUAAAAAGAUCCCGAACGAACUCAAGUUUGAUUUGAACUGUCUCCUGUAUACACAUGGUAAGCUCUGCCGUAGAUGCACCAAGAGAGUGGGUAAGCAGCAAAGAAAGGAGUCCCAUGAGAGCUCCUGUCCUCUAUUAAAUUACUGCAAGAACUCUGAAUCUGAAACCAGUUAACAAAUUCAAUUAGAGGUUUUUAA